AUCUUGUCAGUGUCAUCAUCGUGGGUUGGAACCACACAGAUUGUAAAAAUCACUUAUAAGAACUUCUACUGUCCAUUUUUCAUGACAUGGUUUUCAACAAACUGGAACAUUAUGUUUUUUCCAGUCUAUUAUUCUGGGCAUCUGGCCACUGCUCAAGAAAAGCAAUCUCCAAUGAAAAAAUUCAGAUAGUCGCUGCAAUAAUGGCAAUUACCGGCAUCGUCAUGAUGGCCUACGCGGACAACUUCCACGCGGACUCCAUCAUAGGCGUGGCCUUUGCAGUGGGCUCCGCCUCUACGUCCGCGCUAUACAAGGUUCUGUUCAAGAUGUUUCUCGGAAGUGCCAACUUUGGUGAAGCUGCACACUUUGUCUCCACCUUGGGUUUCUUCAAUUUGAUCUUCAUCUCCUUCACCCCAGUCAUCUUGUAUUUCACCAAGGUGGAACACUGGUCCUCUUUUGCAGCUCUGCCGUGGGGCUGUCUCUGUGGGAUGGCAGGACUGUGGCUGGCCUUCAACAUCCUGGUUAAUGUUGGUGUGGUGCUGACAUACCCAAUCCUGAUCUCCAUUGGGACAGUGCUCAGCGUCCCUGGAAAUGCAGCUGUGGACCUCCUGAAGCAGGAGGUGAUAUUCAAUGUUGUCCGCCUGGCUGCAACCAUCAUUAUCUGCAUUGGGUUCCUGCUGAUGCUGUUGCCUGAGGAGUGGGACGAAAUCACUCUGAGGUUCAUCAACAGCCUGAAGGAGAAGAAGAGCGAGGAGCAUGUGGAGGACAUGAAGGAUUCUGGGGGGCACCUGCGGAGCAGGAGCAGAGUCAACGGCACCGUGUCCAUACCGCUGGCUUAGAGAUGGGCGCGAUCUGAAUGCACGUCUAUGUAUAUUCUGUGAAUAUAAUGAAAUUUUCUCACUCCCUGUACACUCAAAUGACAAUAUUCAUUCUGAAUUUGGAUAAACCAUAUGUGAAAUAAUGCCAACAAUAAAAGUUUACAUUUAUAUGCUUACCAAGGAG